CCUGGGGUACCUGCCCCAGAGCUGGCUGGGAGCAGACUCCUAAGCUGAUCCUCCUUUGAGCUCAGUUCUUGGGCUGUGGAGUGGCAGGGAGUUUCUGAGAAGCCCUCCAUCUAUCUGGUACCAGACCACCCGUAUUUCAGAGUGCUCUCUGACAGUGCCUCUCUCACUGGGCCCCAGGGUCUCCUUACACCCUCUCUACUCUGGUGAGGCGCCCCCAAGGGCAGAUUGAAUGAGAUCCUGACUCUAGUUAAGUGUCCCUGCUGCGGCUCUCCCUGCAUUCCUGAGAUGGCAGGCCUCCACCUCUGAUUGGCACUGCUCCCAGGCCUGCCUUAGUUGCCUGACAACAGCUCUGCGUCUCUAGCUGAGAACACACCAUGGCAGCCAAGAGGGUAGUGGUAUACCGGAAUGGGGACCCUUUCUGCCCAGGCCGCCAGCUGGUGGUCUCUCAGCGCCGCUUCCCCACCAUGGAGACCUUCCUCAGUGAGGUAACAUCAGCUGUGCAGGCCCCAGUGGCUGUGCGCACCCUCUACACACCUCGUCACGGCCACCGUAUCACCAACCUGGCCGACCUGCAGAACGGAGGGCAGUAUGUGGCUGCUGGCUUCGAACGGUUCUGCAAGCUCCACUAUUCACCCUCUGGAGGGAAGGAUCGAGGUGGGAAAAGCAGCAGACUACCUGGUCGUCCCGUGACUCAGCACCCAGGCGACAGGGCCCUUGGCCGGAGGCUACCUGCAGGUUCCCCCUGCUAUAUCCAUGUGUUCAGGAAUGGGGACCUGCUAAGUCCCCCAUUUGGCCUGAAGCUGUCCCAGGCUGCCAACGAGGACUGGGAGACAGUGUUGAAGCUCCUGACCGAGAAGGCCAAAUUACGGACCGGGGCUGUGUGCAAACUCUGCACCCUGGAGGGGCUCCCGCUGGCAGCAAGGGAGGCACUGGUGAGUGGACGUUACUAUGUGGCUGUUGGGGAAGAUGAGUUCAAGGCCCUCCCCUAUCUGGAGCUGCUGGUGCCUAGUCCCUCGUUGCCCAAGAGCUGCUGGCACCCCCGAGACCCAAAGCCUAGGCCCCACAAGCAGGGGGCCCAUGGCCAUGGGGCACAGGUAGCCCAGCCUUCUCCAAAGGAACCAAGCCAAACUGAAAUAUCUGCUUUCUAUGCCAGACCCCAGCUGGCCACUCAGCCAAGAAGCACCUUGCCCACUUUGUCAUUUCCAUCAGGAGUCAAAGGAGUGUACAGGGCCCCCCACCCAAGAAAGGAGACAGAAGGGGCCCAGGAAGUAGCAGAUGAUGAAGACACCUGGACAGAGGAAUCUUUGGAUCAGAGGGCGGCACAGGUAGUGGAAGAGGCCCUGGAAAACCAGCCUGGGGCUGGGGCAGCUGUCUCAACCUCAGCACCUGCUCUGCCAUCUUGAAGGCCAGCAUCCCAGCCAAUAACUGGGGACUGCCACUCUGCAGCCACAUCUUGUCCUCAGCCCCCAGCAGCCUAUACUGGAGGAGGAAGUGCCUCUCAUGGGCCCACAGGGUCCUUCAGCCCCCUCAGACCCUCCCCAGUCUUCUGCUCCUAAACCCACAGCCCAGUCUUCCUUUCCUCUCUGAGCAGAGCAGCCCUAACCACAGAGGUCACUUCCUAUGAGGUUCUCUGGCCAAAGAAAGGAAUAGCCAGCUGAGCGUGGGGAAGAGACCACAAACUUAAGAGCAGGUCUGUCACA